AUGGUCAGGCGAAAAGCAUCAGAAUCCCCUUUAGCUAUCUACUGUUGGUUCGUUCAAGUUCUGAUAGUUUUAAGCAUGGUGGCAGUCGUGAUUUGGCUAAUCACAAAACCACGAAACCCUAUAUUUACCAUCACCGCCAUCCAAAUUCCAAAAUCCGGCAACCGGAGCCUCACAAACGAAACCCUUCGAAACAAUUCAGUCAAUCUAGACCUCGAGAUCACGAAUCCCAACAGUGGCAUUACAGUUUGUUAUAUUUUGAUUGAUGUGAAGUUAUACAAUGAUGGUGUUCUUUGUGGGAGUAAGUCGCUGGGUUCUUUUUGUCAAAGGCAAAGGAAGACUGUGACGCAGGAGGUUUUGAUUGAUGCUGACCGAGAAUUCCGGGCAGGAAACGCCGGCGGUGGUGCACGGUUGAGGGUGAGGGUGGAGACUAUGCUUAAAUAUCAUAGUAUUUUAAGCUGGAAAAUGAAGAUUCAUCAUUUGGGUUUUGAGGGAUUUGUGAGAAUUGGUAACGAAGGGAAUCUUACUGAGAAUGUAUAUCUACACAAGAUACCUUUGACGCAUUGA